UAUAAUAUUUUGAGAGGUAUGAACACUUCUGCAGGUGGACGUCUGACAUGUUGUCAUUUAAUAUGCGGGCAGCAAUUACUGGACGACAAACAGAGGCGACCAGGGGGUUCAGAGGUCACGAUGAGCCACAGACCGCCCACUGAUGUAACAACUACUCCAGAUGUUCUCCUGAUCUGGAACAAGAAGUCCAACCCGCAGCACUGAGCCCACAUCUGCACACGAUGUCUGUUGAACUCUGCCCUGUGAGUGAACCAGAUGGGAAUAAUGAAACCACUAAGGAUUUCACACUGGGAGGGAAUAAACCUUUACACCGCUUCCUAAGGUGUCAACCCAAGGUCGUUGGAACGGUUAUGCUGGUCAUUGGGGCGUCUUCGGUGAUUGUUGCCAUUGCCACCUACUCUGACGUCUACAUUCUCCACAUGUGGAUGGUCUUUCCUCCAGAGAUUUUAAUGGGAAUAUUGCUCACCAUCUGUGGGAUUUUAUAUAUUGUGACACAGCACAGACCCACCAAGAAAGCCGUGACCAUAUCAUUUGCUCUCAGCAUCGUGUCGACGCUCGGGGGUUUUUGGACAAUUUUCAUCAUGCUCGUGAAUUUCCACCUCUACUAUGAGUACAGUAGUGAUGACGAACACAACAAUGAUACCGACAUUGCCAUUGAAAUACCUUGGAGAUCUCAUAUAGCAGUUAUGGGACUGACCUUGGAGGUAGUCUUUUUGUUGUACAGCUUCAUGGGUACAAUUAUCUUUAUCACCAUGUCAGUGGUUGCAGGAGCCGCCCUCCGUUCAACAAAGACUCAGGCCACUGUAGUGAUGACGACGACAGCGGCUGAAGCGCCAGUUGAAUGAAAAGUGAAGAAGGUCCAAACUUUUGCAAAUCAAGCAGCAACACAGAGAAUCUCUCAUCCAUUAACAGAUGUUUAGAGAUUGUGCUUUCUUUGUGGCAGUAGUUGUAGUUGGAAACAACACAACACAAAUAAAUCAAAUAAUGUGUGGUAUGACUAGUCCGGUGUCUCACUGCCAGAAACUGAAAGCCACUGUCAUCAAAAUAAAAACACUCAGCUUUGUCUCAAACCGCUGCCCCGAGCUGCAGACAGGAGUUGAUCUUUCACUUCAUCUUAAUUUUGCGUCAUCUGACCCAAUGAUUACAACAGUGGACAGAUUUCCAAGAGGUAAAAACUUAAUCUGUAAUUCAUAGUUCAUUUACAAAUAAUACGUCAACUACGUUGACUUUUUAUUAGUAUUGUUUGCAGUGUAACCCUUACAAUGUUUCAGUAUGUAAAUGCAUAUUAUUGUACCAGAGUGUACCUAGAAUUAACUGCAAAAUAUACAAAAGUGCAAACAAGCAGUUAUCAUUGCAACCACAUGUUUCCAAAGAUGCAACAUACUUAGAAAAAAAAUGAUAUAAGUAGCUACUAACCUCAGAUGUUACAAUGCACUACAGGUUUCACAAAAGACGACACAGGCAAAGUUUGGUAACAAUUAGUUUUCUACAGAAAUACUUGUUCCCAAUUUCAGUGGAACUUCAACCACAUGUUCAGUAACAAGUUGCCGUAUCUGGAUUUGGCCGUGGGCAUGAAUUAUGUUCAGAUCUGUAACUCUAAAGUCAACACCUGUAAGCAUACUUAUUCAUAGUAGUCAUUACAAUGCAACCGGUGUUCUAGAUACUAAGUAAACGCAUUCCCAUGUCAAAAAGUGUCAUCAUUUUAUUGACAGUUCCGGACUUGAGUCAUAUUUUCUGUAGAAAAAAGAAAAUCCCAUAAAUACACAAGCUCAGAUACUCAGUGAAUGACACAGAAUACAAGUACAGCGGGAAGUAUGAGUUUUAUAACAAUCAAAAGAAAUAAAGUUGCAGAAGGAAAACCAGGCAGGUAGACUAUUAUUCUUAAUGCUGCAAACAAUUCCAAUAAAUGCUUUUCAAAGAAA